AUGAUCUGCCGAAGGUGUCUCCGGCAGGCGUCUGGCCUGACCUCCAGGCAGUUCACAGCAAUCACAUCCCAAACAGUGACGAGGACGACACCGAGGAUACCACAAGCCUUCUUCAGCACCACCCUCCGCGCGCGCAAUGCCGCCGCUGCCGCCGAGGCUCCCGAACUCACUCCCUUAAACACCGAGCCAACAGCAGACAAUGCCGCCGGUCUCUCGUCAUGCCCUGCUGGCACCGUUCUCAACGGCCUCAACUACCUCAAGGGCAAAACCGAUCCUGUGGCGCUCCCCGAUGAUCAGUACCCCGAGUGGCUCUGGAAGUGCGUGGAAGUAGGACAGAAGCGCAGCGAUGAUGCUGAUGCGGAUGCUGGAGAUGCUUAUUCCAAAUCCAAGAAGCAACGUAGAUUAGCGGCGAAGAGACAGCGACAACUCGAGGCGAAACUCAUGGCAUCCGGUGACCUCGAGGCCCUCGCACCAAAGAUCCCAAUCCAGAAGCAGACCAUCAACCUUCCCGCCGCCCCGACCGGCGAGCUCAAGGAGGUGUUGGAGGCGGCCGACAAGAGACAGGAACUGCGCAAGGCCAUGCGCAAGGAGAGACGUGCCAACAUCAAGGAGAGCAACUACCUCAAGACCAUGUAA